CGUGCGCGCGGGGCGGGGCGGGCGAGCGCGCGGGAAGGCGCCGGCGCCUGCCAUGGAGGUGAGCCACUCAGUGAAGGAGCGCACCAUCGCUGAGAACAGCCUGGUGAUCCUGCUGCAGGGCCUGUGUGGCCGCGUCACCACCGUGGAGCUGCGUGAUGAGAGCGCAGCCGUGGGGCGCAUCACCAGCGUGGACGCCUUCAUGAACGUGCGCCUGGCCGAGGUGACCUUCACGGACAGGCAGGGUGCUGUGUCCCACCUGGAUGAGCUCUUUGUGACUGGCAGGAACAUCCGCUACGUGCACAUCCCCAAUGAGGUGGACAUCCGGGCCACCAUCGAGGAGCAGCUGCAGGCCAUCCACAGGGUGCGGUGCUUUGGGGGACGCGACAAGGGCCGCAGGGAGUUCCCUUGUGCCAAGCACAAGUGAGGACCUGGUGCUGCCUACAAACAGCCAGGAUACACCCGGGAUAGGCUUGGAAUGGACAUGUCCCUUUGGUGGACUGCCAGCCCCCUCCACGCCAGCCAUCCCCCCAGGAACAUUUUCGUCUUCCCCCAGGGACUUGGGGCUCUGCGGUUCCCCCCAUUGGUGCCUGCAGAGGAGCAGGACUGUUUUUUGUAGUGAAUAACAUCACUUAAAGUCUC